AUGAAGACUUCUCUUCUCGUCGCGCUCAUCGUAGCCCUGUGCACGGAGAGUGCUUUCUCCUUGACAUGUUUCACAUGCAAAGAUGCAUCUUCCAAUAUACAUUGUCUUGGUACAACCACGUGCUCUGACCAUGAGAAGUACUGUCUCACAACCUAUUCUAUCACGGGACUUGGCAAUGACCGUAACCAGCGUAUUAACAAGAAAUGUUCUGCAUUUUGCCCAACGAUUGACCUGAAUAUCGGCAUAGCCAGUGUUGCUACCAGCUGCUGCGAGACUUCCUUGUGCAACAUCAGUGGUGCCAGCAGUGUGAAAACCAGCUACAGUAUGAUAGCUCUGGGCGUCUUGGCCAGUCUCACUUGCAUCCUCCGGCUGGGUUUUUAA